UGUAUAUAAAAGCAAAAGCAUAGUGCGAUUGAAGGUGGCAGGUAUAGUAAAUCGUUUGAUGCAAUUGCGAUGUCGUUGAUUGGAAGAGAAGACAUGCUUAGUGCCCUUCCAGACUCAAUUAUUUGUCACAUUCUCUCUUUUCUCCCAACGAAACACUCUGCCACCACAAGCAUCCUCUCAAAGAGAUGGAAACCAUUAUGGCUCUCAGUCCUCGAUCUGGAUUUCUUCCCCCAACCAUUCUCAGAGAUCACCGUCUUUCGUCGUGUUUUAUACUCAAUCACCGUAUCACGUGACAUCUCCCUACCAAUUCGAUCAUUCCGCCUCCAACGUUUUGUUGCACGCAAUGCUAACAAUCAAAUGGAUGAAUUUAUUAAUGCAGCAAUACAAAGAAGAGUUGAAACCCUAGCUCUUGACAUGGAGUAUGAAUCUUUACAUAUCACAUUAGCUUCUAACAUUUUCACUUGUAAGACUCUUACGGUUCUUGAGUUGAAACAAAUAAUUGUGCGAGACCUUCCUCGUAUAAAUAUUCCACUACUCAAAUCUCUCCAUUUGGAUAGUGUGCGUUUCAGACAUCCUAAAUAUAUUAUCGAUUUUCUCUUAGGUUGUCCAGCUCUAGAGGAAUUGCAAACAAAUCGUAUACUUGUAAGAAAAGAUUCCAGUUAUGAAAUAGAAAUCAUUAAAUGUUUGCCUAAUCUGGUGAGAGCGACUAGUACUACAGCUAUCCCUUUCUUCUUGAUUUCUAGAGCACAUGUCCUAACCCUAAAACUGAAAUCGCCCUCCUCUUUCCAAGUCCCCACUUUUCACAAUCUAACUCAAAUGGAGCUAUUCUUUAACUUUUUUAUCUUUAUUAAUUAUAAAAUUUAUCGUGACUGGCCUCACAAGUGGAGGUGGAUGCUAGAAGUGCUUCGACAAAGUCCCAAGCUUCAACGUCUCAUCAUUCAUGAGGAGGAGAAAGAGAUAGAAAAUGAAUUUGAUGAGGAAAAUUGGGAGGACCCACAAGUAGUUCCAGAAUGUCUUUCAAGUCAGCUUAAAACUUGCUUGUUUACAAAUUGUAGAGGUAGAGAGUGUCAGCUUCAAUUUGUCGAAUACGUUAUGCUAAAUUCAAAAGUACUACGUACCAUGACAAUUCAUACUGCCUCUUGCAUAGAUUUAAAGACAAAGUACCAAAUAUUAAAGAAAUUAGCUGUGUGUCCAAGGAGUUGUAAUCUUAUGUUCGAUUGA